CAUGAGCUGUGCACUGCCCUACGACUCGCUGUCAGCGCGGCCGAGCCCACGCCGAUCCAGCGAGUGGGAGCGCGAGCAGCACGCAGCACGACGGCUGUCCUCGCCCAGGGGUCCGAGCCUCCUCACCCCUACGGCAGUCUCCCGCCGGCCGUCGGCGCUCCCCGGAUACCUGCUCUCACCCUUCCAGGAUCAGCACGACUCGCAGCAGCAGCAGCUGCAACAGCAGCUGCAACAGCAUCAUCAGCAGCAGCAGCAGCAGCAGCGUCUCUCCUUGUCGCUGUGCUCCGAGGCCUCGCUGGCGCCCCCAGUGGCCCACGUGGGCAAUGCCCCACCAUGCUGCCGGGCGGUGGGCGUCAUGCCCCUACUGCGGCUGGCGCUGCUGGCCUUCAGCUGCAUGUUCUGGGCGGCCGGGCUGGCCAUCUUCACACUGGGCGUGUGGGCGCAGGCCUCCCUGGCCGACUACAUGCUGCUGUCGUCCAACCGCUACCCCAACGCGCCGCUCAUUCUCCUGGCCACCGGCGCCGCCAUCACCGCCUGGGGAUUCCUGGGCUGCCUGGGGGUGGCCGCCAACCUGCCAUGCCUGCUACGCGCCUAUGGCUUCUUCCAGCUGGCCGCACUGAUGGGCGGGCUUGCCGCCGGCCUCUCCGGGCUCUUCUACCGCGAGGACAUUGCCGGGGGCUUCCGCAGUGGCCUGCACCAGGCAGUGGCAGCCUACGGUGAGGACGACGGUCGGGCUGACGCCCUGGACAGCCUUCAGAGGGUGCUCGAGUGCUGCGGGGCCGAGGGAUGGCGCGACUGGCUCAGCUCUGACUGGGCAACCCAAGAUUUCUCUGGCGGCUCGGCAGUGUUGCCCGGGAACAUCACCUGGACGUCGGUGCCCGACAGCUGCUGCGUGCGACGUAAGGGCUGUCGCAACCGACCGCUGCCGGAGGGGGGCAGCCAAGGAGUGGCGGCAGCUGCUGGGAUCCAUCCUCACGGAUGCUUCCGGAAAGUGUUCAGCUUUGUCAACGACAAUGUCUUUCACAUCGCUGCAACUGUGCUUGGGCUGGCUUUCAUCCAAGUCGCAGGCAUCACACUGGCAUGCCUACUCGCCAACCGGUUGGCACCUCGGUUACAGCGACCAGGAGUUCAUUAACAUGUGUGGGUUGCGUACCCACUGGGAUCCCUGUGACCUCUGCACUACCAUAACUGGACAGGGCUGUGCCUCAGGACUGUGCCAUGGAAGUGCACAGCUGGUCGAAAUUCACCUGACCACCUGAAUUCCAAACUACAGUCUCGACCAAAUGGACAAACCAUUAAUAUGUUUGCAGUCAUUGCUGUUGUUAUUGUGAAACCAUUGUUAGAUAUCCAUGAGCCAUUCCUAAUCCAUUUGGACACUUUAGAUAGAUAGCCUACUGAAGGAAUGCCAACAUCUCUAUCCUGCUGAUUCUGAUUGUUUCGAGUUAAUACUGUAUAACACAGGACAGCAGAGACAGUACAAAAACAACUGUACUUGAAAAAAACUAAAUACAACUAUCACUAAGGUAACCAAGACCUUUAUCAGAUUUACUUCUGUAUAUAGUUAUUUAUGCAUGGACUUACAAAUGAGUAUGUUUCACGCUACUUCAAGUAUUAUAUCCUUAAGGCAUUUCAGAUAGUGAAUGAAUAAUAACACAUCCUUUAAGAAGCACUCAAAAAAGUUAAGAGCACAACACAAGAGAAUAUGGGAUUAAUUAAUACAAGGGAUAUUCACAACGGGACA